UCUCUUUGCGCAGUAUAAAGGGCUAGGAACGGCAGACGUGUAACGUGUGUGUGUAACAAGUGAGAGAGUAAUUUUUUGUUCUUUCGGCAACGUGUAGGACAUCUUAAAGUACAAAGACAUGGCAUAUGCAGUCGUAACAUUCAAUAACAAUGAAGUUUCCGAAGUACCAUCCAAUUGGCUUGAAACAAAUGACGAUGAACCAUCAUGUUGGUGGCCAACAAAUUAUAAAAACAUUAGUACGCUAAUAGCAAAAAAAUCUGAACCAGAUAAACAGUUGUGGGAUAAUUUGCCUGUGACCAUCGAAAAAUAUUGCACGUCUCUUGAAAAGGCUCGAAAGGUCGCGGAGGAUGCAAAUUAUAUAACUACUGAUGAUGACCAACUCGGAAAAGGGUACAGAAGAGUCAUACCAAAUAGACGAAUAUCGAGCUCCUCAUCCGAUGAUGUCGAAAAUGAAAAUCAAUCUAAAACUUCGAAGUGGAUAAAAAAGCCACGAGACCUGCGUCGAAACAUAUUAUCAGACCUGCCACCGAUUCCGAACAGCUUUGGCGAGAUAUCAAAAUCUGCAAAUUUUCAAAAUUCACACAACGUCGUAGAGGCAAGAGGAUCAAAAAAGCUCACAAAGUCACAUAUCAUAAACGAAGACCAACGUGACAUAGACGAGGAAGCAGAAAACGUGGAUGACCCAUACAUGACGAUUCCGAGUCCGGUUGCGAUGUCAGAAACUCUCAAAAAAGAAAAUUUUUCUGAAGUUUCAACGCUUACUAGAAAAGCCUUUGAUGGCAUGGAAGUGGUGGAUCGUAAUCAGGAAGAAUAUUCAAGAAUAAUUAUUCGGAUGCUCGCAUCGAUUCAAGUACAACUACGGGAGCUUCACCAGAAAGUCGAACACGGAAAACCUAUGUUUUCAGGAAAUGUUGGCCUCAUAGCGUCUCUUCUGCCAUUAAAAUCGAUCGCGGAGAUUGAAGUCUUUGAGAAAAAAAUCCAUGAAAAUCCGGAAAUAAAACAACAAUUUAAUACAUUUGUACAGAAAAUUGGAGGUCAUACAGCGCGUGAGGACACCCAAAGAAUUUGCACAAAGAUCUUCACAAAUUCCUGUGCAGAGUUAUGUUCAUGGAAAGGACGGAAGGGAAACUUUUGCAUUGAAGAUCUAUAUAUUAUAAAAAUAAUGAGAUGCUAUUUUACAUACAUAUCCGGCAACAAAAGAAAUUGAAUUCGAAGAGAUCGUCGCAGAAUGGUUCCGGUUUGCUAAACAACGACGAAUUCGAACAAUGGAAAAAGAGAAGAAAAGAGCAGAAAGAAGAAAGACAACGGAUGAGACAAGAGAGAAUGAAGCAAACUCUUAACAAGGUUAAAGAUAAUAUAAAGACACUUGCUACUGUCAUAUACCGUGAAAAAAUGCCUUUGUGUCUUUUGUCAAAAACUCUUUUUCAUAUUUUUCUUUUUUUUAUUCAUAUGAACGUUUAUUAUUAUAUAUAGUAUAUCUAGGUUAUUAUAUAAAGAAAUUCACUAUACAACGGAAUAAAAAAGUCUGCAAUUGCCAUCUUUAACGAGUGAUGCGUGACACUAUAUACAAAUAAUAAUAAUAUAGAAACAUACAUAUAAUGUAGCGUAAUAAAGAUGAGGUGGGAUGUAUUAAUUAUAUAUAUGUAAAACUGUGAUAGCGACAUUGCAAGAACCCACGUAUUAUUUUAUCACAGCCAUCAUCACUCGGUAUCUAGUCGAUUUUAGUAUCUAUUAGCAUCUAGUCGAUAGACAAUUUGCAGAAAAUGUAAAAGACAUAUAUUAAAUAGAUUGAUAAGAUAUAUAAGAUA